GACUCCCCAGCCAAAAAAAAAACAUGCCUCGAGACCCAAAACCACCUACCUAAUCUUGCAUGAUUUUAUUCUCCUUCUGAGACACUGUUCUCUGGCUCACUGCACAUAAUGUCCUUUUGUUCAUAAUCUCUUGUUCUCGUAUAAUUCCAAUUGAUCUCGCACUCGUGAUACCCCUCUUCUCUAGCGCCUCAUCAUUGAGCUCUACCAACCAGCUCCUUGCACACACCAUGAAGUUCGGCCAGCAGCUCCGCACGUCUCUCAUCCGAGACUACUACUAUUAUUACAUCUCCUACGAUGACCUCAAGAACAGUCUGAAAACUCCCUACGUCACCGAACCCACGCCCUCGGAUCCUCACCCUCAACGCCGAGCAUGGACCGAAGACGACGAGCAGCGCUUCGUGACCGAGCUCGAGGGCGAGCUGGACAAGGUCUUUACCUUCCAGCGCGUCAAGAGCGGCGAGAUUGUGCGAAGGAUCAAGUCCAGCGAGAAAGAGGUGAACGAGGUGCUGGCACGACAGCAGCGCAUCAUUGAGGGUGGUGCGAGAGAUGGCGAGGAAGCACCUUCCGAGGAGGACUUCAUGCUCCUCGAAGAAGACCUCAGCGAUGUUAUUGCCGACGUGCAUGAUUUGGCCAAGUUCACCCAGUUGAACUAUACGGGAUUCCAGAAGAUCAUCAAGAAACACGACAAAAUGACUUCGUGGCACCUCAAACCUGUCUUCGCCGCGCGCCUCAAGGCCAAACCCUUUUUCAAGGACAAUUAUGAUGCAUUUGUGGUCAAGCUGUCGAAGCUUUAUGAUUUGGUCCGCACCAGGGGAAACCCUAUCCGGGGUGACAGCGCUGCCGGUGGUGGCCAGCAGAACUUUGUUCGGCAAACAACAAAAUACUGGGUUCACCAGGAUAAUAUUACUGAGUUGAAGCUCAUCAUCUUGAAGCAUCUUCCUGUCCUUGUCUUCAAUCCCAGCAAGGAAUUCGAUGUCAAGGACUCCGCCAUUUCGUCCAUUUACUACGACAAUACGGACACGUGGGAGCUGUAUACUGGGCGUCUCAAGAAGACUGAAGGCGCAGAAGCCAUCCGUUUACGGUGGUAUGGUGGCAUGGACUCGGAGACCAUCUUUGUCGAGCGCAAAACUCACCGGGAAGACUGGACGGGAGAGAAGUCGGUCAAGGCUCGAUUCGCCUUGAAGGAGAAGAAUGUCAAUGCUUUCCUCGCGGGCAAGAUGACGGUCGAGAGCGUCUUUGAGAAGAUGCGCAAAGACGGAAAGAAGAGCGAAAAGGAAAUUGCGGACCUGGAACAGCUCGCGCGCGAGAUUCAGUACCGUGUGAUUACGCGGAAAUUGAAGCCGGUGACCCGGUCUUUUUACAACCGAACCGCCUUUCAACUCCCUGGUGAUGCUCGCGUUCGUAUUUCGCUCGACACGGAGCUGACCAUGGUUCGCGAGGACAACCUCGAUGGUCGCCAACGCGCUGGCAAGAACUGGCGCCGCAUGGACAUUGGUAUCGACUAUCCCUUCCCUCAGCUGCCGCCCGAGGACGUCGAGCGAUUUCCGUACGCUGUUCUCGAGGUGAAGCUGCAGACCCAAGCCGGACAGGAGCCACCAGAAUGGGUCCGCGAGCUUACCAGCUCCCACCUAGUGGAGGCUGUGCCAAAGUUCUCCAAAUUCAUUCACGGCACGGCCAUCUGUCAGCCAAAUCGAAUCAAUCUACUUCCGUUCUGGAUGCCGCAGAUGGAUGUCGAUAUUCGCAAGCCGGUCAGCCAUCGGUUCGGUAUCUCUCGGCCGGUCAAUUCUGCUGGUUAUUCCACGGGCGACGAGCAGCUUGAUGACGACUCAGAUGAUGACUCGGUCCGCGGCGAGGGCGAAGAAAACGGCGACGUCGACAGCGAGGAUGCUCGGCGACUCCGAGAGUACCGUCAGGGCCGAGACCCAUACGAAUACCGCAAUGGCGGCGUAAAUGCCCUCGAUGUGGAAGAGCGAAUUGCUGCCCAGCCGCUCAACUCGGAGGACUACCCCUUGUACGACUCCGAUGAAGAGGAUGAGGAGGAUGCCCUUCUCGCGGCAAAGAAGGCUGGUGGACCAAAAUACUGGAUCUUGCUGUCAAAGCAAAAGCUCGAAAGAGCCGGUGAUUUGGGUUUGAAGCUCCUCUCGAAAAUUGCACCUCUGCCCAAACCCACCCCUAUUCCAAGCAAUGGAGCCACUGUCGGUGGCUUAGUAGCUGGAAAUGAAGUCCAAGCCAAGCGAUUCAAGGCUCCUCCCGGAAAGCGCAUUCACGUCCCUGUUCGUGUCGAACCAAAGGUGUACUUUGCUGCCGAACGAACCUUUUUGUCAUGGCUCCAAUUCGCCAUCAUCCUCGGCUCCAUCGCGGCCACUCUGCUCAACUUUGGAGACACCGUCUCCCUCGCCUCCGCAUGGGGCUUUACCGUUAUCGCCGCCAUCGCCCUCCUCUACAGCGCCGGUCUAUACCUCUGGCGCGUCGACAAGAUUCGUAAGCGCCGUGCCACAGGCUCAUACCAUGACAAGUACGGCCCCACGGCGCUCUGUGUGGGACUAUUUGCUGCCGUUGCAGUUAGUUUUGGAUUGAGAAUCCGAGAGGAUGGUUGGUUUGAGCGGUAAAUUGUAUAAGACUACCUAGGUUGCAGGCUCUUUUCCCGUUUUUCCUUGUCUAUAUCUAGAAUGUCGAGUAAGGAUCUAGUUGUAGUCUUUUUUUGGAUAUGCCUCUAGUUUUUACCUUUGUAUGACAGUAUGAUAGUUUUGUAUGAUAUCUCAGGUAUCUUGAAC